AUGGAAAUUGAGUCAUCAGAGUUAUUUUUGAAAGAAAAUAAUCUUCCCAAUAGUCAUGCCGCCUUACAGGAAGAAUCCACGAUCGCUCUCAAUACAGUGGAAUCUAUGGAAUCUUUCACCAAUGAAAUUAUACAAGGGCAUUGGGAUAUCGUGUUAAGAACAGUAUCUAACCUGAAAAUACCACAACGUAAAUUGAUCGAUCUAUAUGAACAGAUUGUUUUAGAAUUAAUUGAAAUGCGAGAGCUAAGUGCAGCUCGAACUUUAUUAAGACAAACAGAUCCCAUGCAGUUUCUAAGAGAUCAUUUUUCGGAAAGAUAUUUACAUCUAGAGCAUUUGCUUUCGAGAACAUGCGAAGUGACAGUGGUUCCGCCAUCUAGACUCCUUACUCUUCUUGGACAAGCCUUGAAAUGGCAACAACAUCAAGGAUUGUUGCCCCCAGAUACUGCCUUCGACCUUUUUCGUGGAUCUGCACCAACCACGAAGGCAGAAGAUGAUGCAGUUCCUACAAAAUGCUACGCUACAAUUAAGUUUCCUAAGAAGCAUCAUGCAGAGUCCGCAACAUUUUCACCUGAUGGUCAGUAUUUAGUGACAGGUAAUAUGGAUGGAUUCAUUGAAAUAUGGAAUUUUUUAACUGGCAAACUUCGUAAAGAUCUUAAAUAUCAAGUGGAGGAUAAUCCUAUGCUGAUGGAAGAUCCAGUACUGUGCCUUAGUUUUAGUAGAGAUAGUGAAAUGCUUGUUUCUGGUGCACAAGAUGGGAGUAUAAAGGUCUGGAAAGUACAAACAGGUCAAUGUACUCGGCGCUUUUCUCCUGCACAUAGUCAAGGUGUUACGUCUGUGUGUUUUAACCGUGAUGGUAGUCAGGUUUUAAGCUCGAGUUUUGACCAUACAGUCAG